ACUUCUCUUCCCUCGCGCGCGCGAAAUUGACGGCGUUAGAAAAUCUUUGGUAGCUAAAUGUCCUUGUUAUUCUUAGAGUCCAUGUUGGCUAUUUAGCUUGCAUGCUAGAGAGAUGACUUGCAUGGUUUUUUUUUUGUAAACGCUUGUAUUCCAUAACGGUCCGGUAAAGCGAUUUAACCAUUUCGUUAGUUCUGGUGUCAUAACUUGCAGUUUGCCAACGUAAGUGCAUAUUAUGCUGUUGUACCUUUUUAGCAACUAACCUAGCCAGCUAACGAUGUAGCUAGCUAGUGACGUUAACGUCGCUAUCUAGCUAGGGUUCGUUGUUUUGCUGACUUCACCCAGUGCUAGCAGAUAACAGAUGUCCAUGUAUUGACUUGGGCGUUUUUAUAACUAGUUUGUAGCUAAGAUUUACAUAUCUUCCUAUGCAGGUAGUGGAUUGACAAGGCCAAGGGCUACCUUUUUUUAUGCCAGCAGGUUGUGUUAAACCAAACUCAUGCAUGGGGUCAAACUGCCCGUUUGGUUUGGCAAAUUUUUUUGAACACAUUCAUUGGGAUAUAUUUACAGAACUAACACAGGUCACGCAUUUAUUUAUACAUCUCGAGCAAUGAAGCUUCAGUGCGAUGUCGAAGUCGUGAACCGGAUGCUUCCCACGUAUGGGAUGAAAAACAAAGGGAAAGGAGCAAGGGCUGUGCUGUCUAUUGGGAGACAUGUGGACAAGACCACACAACGCCAUAACAUCUAUCUAAUGAUCUGUACAGCAAAGGAUAGGACAGGCUCAAAAUAUAAGCUAAAAGAAAACAUUGAAACAUUCUUCACUAGGUUUGUUGAGGAAGGCAAAGCCACUGUGAGACUGAAAGAGCCCGCUGUUGACAUCUGCUUGAGCAAGGCUGACGCUAACAGCUUGAAGAACUUCCUCUCGGCUGCUCGGUUGGCUCACAGAGGAAACGACACGGACAGCCUGCCCCUCUCUACCCUGACGCCCGUCCGAGCCAGGGAUGUGGAGAAGCCCAAGAAGAAGCUCACUAUUGUAUCCAAGAAGGACUAUCCACUGACCUCCAAUUUCCCCUACUCAUUAGAGCAGCUCCAGGUGUCUUACUGCAAGCUCUCACGGGUGGACAUGCGAAUGCUCUCCCUCAAGGCGCUGCGCAGACUGGACCUCAGUAAUAACAACAUAAAAACACUUCCUGCCACUAUCGGCGAGCUGGGCUGUCUGGCUGAGCUUAUUCUCCACAACAACCACUUGGAGACCUUUAGUGAAGCCCUCUGCCUGUCCAGCCUCCAGCGCACACUUCAACACCUCGACCUGAGUCACAACCGCCUGCAGGCCCUGCCGCCUCAGUUCUGCCAGCUGCGAGAGCUGAUCAACCUCAAGCUGGACGACAAUGGGCUAGUGUGGCUGCCCUUUCGCAUCAGCCGUCUCUCCAAGCUGCGCUUUCUGUCAGCUGCCCACAACCAGCUGGCCCUGCUGCCAGGGGACUUCCGAAAGUUAACUCUGGAGAACCUGGACCUGUUCGAUAAUCCGUUCGCCCAUCCCAACCCCUUGGACCACACCAUACAGCUCACCUUCCCCCUGACACUGCAGGAGAUGGCUGCCAGGGCUGUGGCCAACCUCAGAAUCCCUUACGGGCCUCAUCUCAUCCCUGCACACCUUUGCCAAGACCUGGAGGUUGCCAAGACCUGUGAUUGUGGCCGUUCCUGUGUGAACUACUACAUCAAAACAGCAGUUAGCAUGAAUCUGCAUCUGGUCUCUCACACUGUGGUAUUGGUGGAUGACAUGGGAGGAACAGAUGCCCCGGUACAGCAUCACUUUUGUUCCCUAUCAUGUUACUCUGAGUUCCUAGACCAAUGCCUUCAGCGAGGCCUGAGAUGAUUAAGUCCCUCAACUGUUCCAUGGCAAUCGGUAGCUAGGUUUCCAUCCAAUUUGCGACAGAUUUUCGCGCAAAUAUUCUGAAAUCUGCAUAAAUACAAUAUGCAUAUUUUCCCACCAGAGAUGUUUCCAUCAAAUUGACUUUUUGCUGAUAAAUGCUAUGUGAUGACGUAGUGCAC